AUGUGGCAAGGCACUGACACACAUGCACUCAGUGCCCUUUCUAUCGCUUUUGUUGUAACAGUAUGUAUCUCCUACACUGCGCGCGUGCUGGCUAGCCGCCGCAUAGCUCUCGACGAACUAGACUCGCGGUCGUCCUCAUCCUUUCCCAUCUUGACACAAUCGUCCCCGCUGCGGUCGCGAUCGAACAGGCCUCAUCCAUUCUGCGCUUCCAAAGCGUCCUACGAAUCCGUGCAGAUUGUGCGUGUGUAUUGGCCUAUCACACAGACUGAGAAUAUAGGCUCGAUCUACGGCUGGUCUUGGCAGUCGCACAAAAAUGAAUUUGUCGUGGUCGUGGCAUGCGUUCAUUCGCACACAGCUCCGCGCCCUUGGUCGUGCAUACCCAGUGCACGUAGGCUGGGAGAGUGCAUUCCAAAGCACAAUUCGCCAUCAUCCACGUCCCAUACCCAGCGCCAACCUGUGCUAGCAAGCUUGCACGAGCUAGGACCACAUGUCAUCCUAUGCGACGCCGAGCUGGCUGUCAGGCCGCAUCAGUUGUCUUUUUUCUUGUAUGCACCACCAAAAUUACUGUACGGGCAGUCUCUCACUCUUGGCAUCCAGCACGUCUCAGAUCCGCAAGCAUCAUUCACACGGCUUGAACGUCUUGUGGCCAUGGAUCCCAUGCGCUUUGAAGAGCUCCGAUCCCCCAAACGCACAGGCAGUUUGCGCAUGGCUAUCCAGUAUAUGAACAUGGCCCAUUAUGCAUGCAUACAUACCCCGAUACCUCCACGCCGUGCAUGUGUGCAUGGUUUUCUCAAUUAUAUGCCUCACUUGCGCUUGCCUAUCUUGCCUCAUUGCUGCGCAAAGUAUUCGCUUCUGUGGUGCGUAGUGCAAAAGCGAGUCGCAGUUGCUACUGCAUGGUCAAGAUAUAUAAUGCACUGGAAUACUCUUCGUUCCCACCUCGAAACGGAUGGGUCUGUGGGCAACAACUUGCAUGCAAUGCAGCAUGCACAACAAACGAGCUGGAAUGCUCUGUUAUCAUUGGCGCUUGAUCUGGGUUUAGGGUGGCUCCUUGCGCACAUAUUGAGACGAUGGCAAACUGUUCUCGUUGAUACAUUCCGCGCUCUACUCGCUUACGUGGACCAAGCAGCGUUUGACGCUCUUUUCAACUGGCUUGUUCAUUGGCCCCUUGGAAUCAAGUUGAACCACGAACUAGCUCUUUUUCUUGCUGAUACGCUGGGAAGCAUCACUUUAUGGUAUUCUAUGCUGCAGAGACUCUUUGACACGCAUGUUCCAUGGUUUGUACAUAUUUGUAUCGUGGCUUGCCGCAUAGCCGGAAUCACAGCCGCCAUCGCCAUGGUUGCAGAUUGUCUGACGGUAGCGACAUUGCACCUCCAUGUCUUGUACAGCAUUUUGGUGCAUGUCUACGCAUUCUUUCUCCACGCGGCCAGCGAACUAUUCGACGUGUUUCGGGGUAAGAAGCGCAAUGCUCUACAUGGAGGGCGUCUUGACAAUGCUGAACAUGAGGUGGAUCAGCUGUUUGUCGGCACAAUCCUCUUCACACUCCUUGUAUUCUUGUUUCCGACCGUGCUCUUGUAUUAUCUGGCAUGUGCGGUGCCAUUCUUUUUUGUACAUUGUACAAAAACAAUCAUAAAGAAGCUGGUGGAUAUUUUCUAUGACUUGCCUUUGUACACGGAGUGCAUGCGCCACUUUGAUGCAUCAUAUGCCCCCGGGGGCAUCUUGAUUGACAUUCGCCCGAGGAAGCACCACCUGCGACAAAUCCGCGCAAGCGCUAUAACAGUUCGAGAAGCCUGGGCACCCGUGGUCAACCAUAUUCAAUCACUUGUACAUUUACUACCGGACGCAUAUGCGCUGCUUAUAGGAGCCAGGAUCUCGUAG